AUGGAUGAUAACAUUGGAGAAAACAUUGUGCAAACGUUACUUCCAGAGAUUUCCAAGUAUGGUGUCUGUUUUGCCUUCAUAGGAAGAUAUCCCACAACAAAGUUUGCCACAGAAAAUCUAGACCUGGUACAACAGGGGGCAGUAAUAUAUGAUAGAAUCAUGAGCAGCAAAGCCAAAGUAUUUGUGGUAUUUGGACAAUCAUAUAGUGUCAAUGAUCUGAUAUGGCUGAGGUAUCUAUCGGAAGGGCAAAGUAUUCCAUGGAACACAAAAGGCAAAGUGUGGAUACUGACAGCCCAGAUGGAUUUCACUUCUUAUGUUUAUCAAAGGACUUGGGAUACAGACAUCAUCCAUGGUGCUCUGACCUUCACUGUACAUUCUAGUCAUCUUCCAAGAUUUCAGAAAUUUGUAGAGAACAGAAACCCUUCUAACACAAAGAAUGAUGGAUUUAUAAGGAACUUCUGGCACAAUGCCUUUAACUGUGUAUUCCCACAUCAAAUUCAGGAAGAAGUGAGGGAUGAUAAUUGCACGGAGCAAGAAAAGUUGGAAAGCCUUCCUGGAUCUUUUUUUGAAAUGAGCAUGAAUGGCCACAGCUACAGCAUUUACAAUGCUGUCUAUGCUGUGGCCCAUGCAUUACAUGCCAUGCACAACACAAAACACAGAACAAUGGUAAAUAGUCUUCAGGAUCGAAACCAAUGGCAGCUACACUACUUUCUGGGGAGAACUUCAUUUAACAAUAGCGCUGGGGACAAAAUUUCAUUCAAUAAGAAUGGGGAGUUACUAGUCGGACUUGACAUUGAGAACUGGAUCAUUUCCUCAAACGAGUCCUUUCACAGAAUUAAAGUCGGCAAGAUGGAUCUCCAGGAUCCCCACAGUCAUUCCCAACAAACGUUCACCAUUAAUGAUGAAGACAUCACAUGGCCGGAUUGGUUUAACACGACACUGCCAAUUUCACAAUGUUGUGAGAACUGUCAUCCUGGCUACCGCAAGCAAGUGAAGGAGGGGAAACAAUUUUGUUGUUAUGAUUGCGUGCAAUGUCCAGAUGGGAAGAUUUCAGACCAAAAGGACCUCGACAAUUGCUAUAAGUGUUCAGAUGAGAUGUACCCAAGCCAAACCCGGGAUUUAUGUAUUCCCAAGAACAUCAGCUUUCUUUCUUAUGAAGAUCCUUUGGGGAUGAGUUCAGCCUUUUUUGCUCUUUCACUCUCUUUGAUCACUGUUUUUAUACUCAGAACGUUUAAAAAACAUCAAAGCACCCCCAUAGUCAAAGCCAACAACUGGAGGCUCACCUGCACUCUCCUCAUCUCUCUUCUGCUCUGCUUCCUUUGUGCUUUGCUGUUCAUUGGCCAACCAGAGACGGUGACCUGUCUGCUCCGCCAAACUGCUUUUGCGAUUGUCUUUUCAGUGGCUGUUUCUUGUGUGCUGGCCAAAACUAUUACUGUGGUUUUGGCUUUUAUGGCUUCCAAGCCAGGGUCUGGCAAGAAGAAAUGGCUGAGGAAAAGCCUGACCAAUUCUAUUGUUGUUUCCUGUUCCCUUCUGCAAACAGGCAUUUGUGCUGUCUGGUUAACAAAGUCUCCUCCAUUCCCCGAUGUCGACAUGUACUCAGUGGCUGAAGAAAUUGUUCUAGAAUGUAACGAAGGCUCUGUGACUCUGUUUUACUGUGCCUUGGGUUACGUAGGAUUCCUGGCCAUUUUGAGCUUCAUGGUGGCUUUCUUUGCUAGGAAACUACCGGAUACUUUUAACGAAGCCAAAUGCAUCACCUUCAGUAUGCUGGUCUUUUGCAGUGUAUGGUUAUCCUUUGUUCCGACCUACUUGAGCACAAAGGGAAAAUACAUGGUCGUGGUGGAGAUCUUCUCUAUCUUAGCUUCUAGUGCAGGGUUGCUCGGUUUAAUUUUUUUCCCUAAAUGCUUCAUAAUUGUGUUGAGGCCUGAAUUAAACAAAAGGGACAUAAUAAGGGGCAAAAUACACAGCACAGAAGUAUAGUUUGCUUUUUAGAGUAAUUGAUAGAUUAGCUUGCACUCAUUCAAGUGUCUCUGAGACUGCCCUUCUGAGUAGCCUCCCAGUGAAUGCCAUAACUAAUUCGACAAGUGGAGUGUCCUUAGA